GAACCAAGGAUAGAUAUAUAUUUCAAGCUCCAUUUAAGAGUUAAACUUUAGGCCCACUUUUAAAAUUGCACAUGUCCUCAUCCUCCGUCCUCCCUCUUGUGAGUAGGCCAUGACUCAACACUAAUGCCAUGUUUGGAGAAGGUAAAAGGGGUGAAAAAAUGUGGCGAGAAAAAUAUAAAAAUAUGGCGUAAAUUUUACAUUUUUUGUUCCCUUUCUUAUUGUCCUUUUAUUAUGAAGGAAAAGAAAGGUAGGGACAGCAAUUACACAUGCAUUAUUUACAAAGCAUUUUUCCUUUUUUUCCAAAUAAACACGGCCCAACAAAAUCUUUGUCUGGUAUACAACAAAAACAUACGAGCCUUUUCAAGUUAAAACUAACACCGGUCUGAAAACUUGGUUUUGGUGUGGCAUGUUGUAGCUAUCAUGAUUCUUUUUAUGGGUUUUUUUUUUUUUUUUUGGUUUGGGGGUUUCAUGCAAGGCUUCUCUUUGCUGUGAUGCACGUUGGAGAUCACUGACAAAACGAGUAGUUUCUCAAUGGCAGGAUUGUCAAGCAAGGGUCGCAGAAGGACUCAAAUGUGGAUGAUUCAAGGAGCAGAUGCUCGGCAGGUUGCUUUCUCCAAACGUCGAUCUGGUCUUUUCAAGAAGGCCAGUGAACUCUGUACUUUAUGUGCUGUUGAGACUGCCCUUGUCGUUUUCUAUGCUCGUGACCAGGCUUUCUACUUUGGCCAUCCCGGUGUUGGCACUGUUAUGAAUACACUUUCCAACUGUAGGAAGCCAAAUUUUGAUGCAAUCCACCAGGCUGAGGCUGAGCAAGAGGCCAAUCUACUUGAAAAACUGGAAGCUGAAAAAAUUCAAGGUGAGCGAAUCAUCGAACGGUUUUGUAUGGGGAGCCAAAAGCAUGGCGAAGACUUUGUGAAAAGACUAGUUGAUAAACUCAACUGGGAGCAGCUGCUGACAUUGAAAUCAUUGAUGGAGGAGUAUAAGGAGAAGCUGAGGAAGCGUAUGCAGGAACUUUCAGUCGAGCUUGCUGCUCCAACUCUAAUAUCGGCUGGAGAAAGUAAUGCUUCUCUCAGUGGUUCCACUGAGGGUGAUUCUUCUGCUGAUCCUCAUUACCAUGUUAUCAGUCAUGAACAUUGAUUUUCCCCCAAUCAGUCAGUGGGAGAGGGUUUGUCUGAGGAGUCUUUCCAAAGUUGCUUCAAUUUUGUGAACUGAUGUAGUCAUUCCCUCUCUGUCUUUGUCUGUUGGCUUGAAGAAUAGAAACAGAAUAAAUUGAAAAUCAAUAAUAAUAAACUGGUUUCUCCUAU